AUGACUCAACCGAAACAUCUUGCCGUGGCCAGCGAAGUUGCUACAUUGGACGUCGCCCGCGCGAGUGGAGUUCCGACACCAACAGUCUAUGGCUAUUCAUGUGACGCUAAGAAUGCGGUUGGCGCGGAGUACAUUCUCAUGGAGCAUGCUCGUGGGCGGCUUCUGGGUGAUACCUGGUUCGAACUUUCGGACAAGCAACGCAUUGCGCUUCUUUCACAGCUUGUGGAGAACGAGACGAGGCUGUUUUCAGCGGUACUGCCAGCUCAUGGCAGUAUAUUCUACGAGAAGGACCUCCCUGAGACCUUUAGAAGGCAUGCCUUUUCGGUUGAUGGCAUCUCGGAGAAGCUUUGCGUGGGUCCAGACGUCUCCAUACGCGAUUGGUUCGAAGAUCGAAGCCAUAUAGAUAUCAGAAGAGGCUCAUGUACGUUUUGAGACGUCCCUAUGGUUUACAUUCACUGACAGCUUACAGCUAAGACAGCGCAAGAAGUUUUGGAAAUGGCUGCUCUCAAAGAAAUAGCCUUUCUCCAGCAGUAUGGCAAGCCUCGCCUGCCUUUUGAACGGGUUUAUCGCGACAUCACAAAUUUCGAGAAGUCCGAUCCGCAGGAGCACAUCACGAGUCUCGAGAACUACCUUGAAAUCACUGCUCAACUUGUGCCGAAAGACGAAUGGCUCCAUAAGCCGACGCUUCGUCAUCCGGAUCUGAAUCCGAACAAUGUUUUUAUCUCUGAAAGCCAAGAGAUCACAAGCAUAAUUGAUUGGCAACACAGCGCUGCUUUACCAUUAUUCUUACAGCUUGGCAUUCCGUCCUACUUCCAGAAUUACGGCGAUCCAGAUUCGGAGAAUCUUGGCAAACCGCACCUUCCGGCUGACCUAGAUGAGUGGGAUGAAUCUGAUCGCGCAAAAGAGCUUGAGCUCUAUCGACGACGUCACUUACACUUCUACUACGUGGCAGCAACUGCAAAGAAAAACAAACCUCAUUUCAAUGCUCUUAUGUAUCCAGGAGGCCUCUUCCGCCGGAAGAUCUUCCAGCACGCGGGCGAACCGUGGGAAGGCAACAGCAUAACAUUGAAGGCUGAAUUGAUCAAAUUGACGCAGUCUUGGCGAGACAUUGCUGAUCACGCAUAUGGAUCUGAUGGCCCAGUGCCUCCAUGCCCAUUGUCUUUUGACGAACAUGAGGUGGAGAAGACUGUUGAAGCUCUUGUACGACAGGAAGAAGCGGAUCAGGGCCUGGAAUUCAUGCGAAAUUUCGUCGGUAUGAGUACUGAUGGGUGGGUGCCGAACGAAGAGUAUGAAGAGGCUGUAGCCAAGGAAGCCGAGAUCAAGAAGGAAGCCUUGGCUUGCUACGAAGACGACGAUCCUGAGCGAGAGAUGGCUAUCGAGCACUGGCCAUUCGACGACCAUGACGAAAACGAGUGA